GACAUAUUAUUUAUAUAAGUGUUGUUUAUUUAAAUUUUUAAAUAAACAAACAUUUAAAUAUUAUAAACUUAUUUAUUAUACAGAUAUAAAUAUUAAUUGAGGGACUUAAUUACAUUUCUUUAAAAAGAACACCUUUACAAGUGUGAAAAACAAAUUAUAUUAUACAUUAUAAUUAAUGGCUGGUUUACCCAAAUUGCCAGGACUAUCGUUCACUGAUCCAACGCAAACAAGAUUUCACCGUUGUGGCACAUUUGAUAUAAUAAAUGGUUAUAAGAUACCGAAAUCGCACUUUUCAGCACCAGGUGGUAAACAGGUUGAAUCGAAAUCCGUCCAAUAUGUAAAAAGAAAUGAAAACGUGAGCUUUGACCCUUCCACAACUUAUGGCCGCAGCAAAUCUAAAACUCUACCUCAAUUUAUACCAAAUUAUGCAAUGUACGAUAAAAAAUGCCUUACUUUCAAAGCAUUCUUCAAACAAUCUGUUGUUGAGUCCCCUUUGGAGCACUACAGAGUGCGUAUAGUGAACAUCAUUUACUUCCUGGAGGAUGACACCAUUGUUGUCAUGGAGCCAAGGAUUAUAAACAGUGGUUUGGAGCAGGGUAAACUGAUCAGAAGACACAAGAUACCAAAAUAUGAAAGCGGGGAGUUUUAUACGUGGAAGGAUCUCACCAUCGGUAAAGAUUUGUGCUUUUAUGGGACCGUCUAUCACACAGUGGACUGCGAUUUGUUCACCAGGGAAUAUAUGGCUAGCCAAGGUUUAAUAAUGGGAGAAGCUGAGUCUGUGCCAGAAGAUCCGUACACGAGAAACAGGUUGAUAAGGGAGACAAUACCCUUUACCAAAACCCCUUGUGCUGACGACAAACUAAGAAGGUUUUUGGAAUAUGACGGAAAAGUUUUGAGAUUUAAAGCAGUAUGGGAUGACAGGGACAGUGAGUACGGAGAGUUAAGGAAGUACGAGGUGUUUUACUUCUUGGCGGAUGACGGAAUAUCCGUAAAAGAAAUCCACGAAAAAAAUGACGGCAGGGACCCCUUUCCCUUGUUGUUACGAAAAACUAAAUUGCCAAAAAUAUACACCGACCGUCCCGUUUCCUUCCCCUCAAUCUACUACGAAACAUCUGACGCCGAAACCACCGCCUAUUACAAUCCCCAAGACUUAAUGGUCGGCGAGACAAUCUUUAUAUUGGGCAGAAAGUUCUUGCUGUACGAUUGCGACCAGUUUACACGUAACUAUUACAAGCAGGUGUUCCAAAAGGAGCAACACGAGGCGAUAGACAUCGUUGAGAAGCCCAAGAAACAACCACCAGAGAGAAUGAUGCCGCCGCACGACGGGUACGGAUCGCUUGAAGAUUCGUUGCAAAAUACCCUCAGUUUUAUGCCUAAGAGACCCAAGAAAGACGUCAUAAGACAAAUACUAAACGCCAACAAGUAUUUGAGAUACACUAUGAAGAUGGAUACGGUUCAUCCGGAGGACAGUUUCCGGGAGUUCAUCCUCUCGUACUCGUUGGCGGACAGCACUUGCAAGAUAUACGAGCCAAGAGUAAAGAACUCGGGCUUCCAAGGAGGCCAAUACCUCUCCAACCAUCUGCUGAUCAAGCCCGGCAGUAACCCGGUGAAUCCGGACUAUUACAACCCCGCCGAUUUUUACAUAGGAGCUGCCAUCACCGUUUUCCACCAGCCCUUUAUUAUAACCGGAGCGGACCUUUACGUUUACAGGUACAUGCUGGAGAACCAGGCCAAGUUCCCCUGCGAGGUGAUCGACAACAUCAGGAAUUACAUGUACAACAAAGGUUACCUGAAGGAAGACGUCGACGACCAGUUCAACGAGAACAUGGAGGCGGCGAAGAUCGACUUCGACAAGCAACUAGUAACGGAGGAGGACAUCAAGAAGAGCGAAUUCGAGAAAUGUCUGAUUGCUACUAAGGCGGGAGGUGGAGUCGACCCACAAGAGGAGCAGAUGAAACGUGACAGGCUCUUACAAGAGUACGAAGAAUCGUUGCGCAAAGACCGGGAAAUUCCGCCUUAUGGAAUCAAGCCCAUCACCACCACUUGUCCAAUACCGGUGGUCAUUGGAGAUGCGGUCAAAAGCAGCGUGUGUCCAGAGGACGAAAGUAACACCGCUCAAUAUACGCCGAAGCACAUCGACACGCCGGUCGAAAAGGUUGAGAAGUACUACGCAAAUAUUCUCAAGAAGGAGCACAAAAUAUGCAACGAGGGCACGGCGCCACCGUGUUUCCCGGCGCCCGAUUUGCACAGGGAUGUAUGCAAGCAAGUCGAGGACAAAACCAUGCCGUUGAUGGUUCAGCCUCCGGAAUUGCCUCCCGGAGCUUGCAACGUUAAAACCGUCCGGUUCGCCGAUCAAACUGACCGAUGCGACAAGAAGAAAUACGAUUUGUGCGACAUAGGUGCCCACAGGAAUCACUGUGAUUGUACUGAUUAUCAGAAAAAAUAAUGUUUUAAUAUUUUAAUAUACACUGUUAUUUUA